UUUUUAUUUUUUUUUUGGUCGUGACAAACAAGAGAAUAUCAUUAAAAAUCUUCAAAUACACCAAUUAAAACCAUUAAAUGAGAAAAUGUCUCGGGCUGAAGAGGAAAUUAUGAAAAUUGAAUUUACAAAAAAUAAUUCCAAUGCCAGCGACGACACAAUUUAUUUAAACAAUGAUUUCAAUAUUAAUUGUAGUUUAAUUGAUGGAAUUUAUAUUUCUUAUAAUAAUUUGGAACGUUUUGCAUUUUCUCAUGCUUUAGCUGCUUCUGUUAGAAUGGGUAUUUGGGAACGAGAACUAGACAGGCUUAAUGAUGAAUUGGAACAAUGUAUUGACCAACUCAAAGAAGGCAAAUUAAUUUGGAAAGCAUCCAAAGCAAGACAAACUAUUGGAAAAAUUGCUAGUAUUAGACAUUCUGUUAAUUCUUCUGAAUUGCUUAAUAAAGAUAUUUAUUGGGAUUUACUUGAUAUAGAGCGUGUAUACGAAUCUCUUGCAAAACAACUUAAACUUGCAAGUCGUCAACGAGAUUUAAACAAAAGAAUAGAUUAUUGUGAAUAUUUUGUAAAAACAAUACAUGAAAUGCUCGACCAAAAACAUGUAAAAAAUUAA